AUGUCCAACGAAGUAAUACCAGGCAGGGUGCUUGCAUAUACUGUCAUCAAACAGGGCAUUCUUCAGGCAAUUGCCCUUCCCAAUCUUCAGGGCCGAAACAGUGCUUUACCCCUAGAUGUCCAAGGCUUUCAGCGUAAUAGAGGAAGAGGCUUUCAGCGUGUAAAUGUUAGUGCCUCAGCAUCGAACCCCAGUCGGAGUGUUGGCCAUGGUAGAGGUGGCCGGGGUGCAGUAGAUGCUGCUGGUGUGACUUUUGUGUCAGCAACUGGUGAUACCAUCUCUGGUAGAAGGUGUUUUGUCUGCGGAGAUCCAUCGCACUUUGCGAAUGCUUGCCUGAAUCGUGGUGUCUGA